UAGAUAGAUGGGCUACCACUGGUGUCACAGGCAUCCACAGGUCUUGACCACCAUGUUGCGAUGCUUCUUUAGGAUCACGUUGUUGUUGUCAUCGUAGAAGAGUACAGAGAUGGGACUGAGCUUGGUGGGUGCGCAGCACGCUUUGGGAACCUCAUCCGGCUUCAGAAGGUGAACCUGCCAUUGAAAACGGGUUCGUGAUCGUCGACAGAUGGACAGUGACAGCGACUUCGAAGAGGAAACAACUGUCCUGGAUGAGGUCCAGUUGGAUGUGCCAUUGGAUGAUGUGCCAGAUGUUCCACAGCUGCCAGUCCUCCUUGAUGUCCAGAAUGCUGCUAUCAUCCUUGAGGAUGUGCCAGAUGUGCAGACUAUCUUUGAGGAGGCCACUGGCAAUUGGCAGUUAAUUCUGAUUAGGUUCAGCCCCCUGUACUGUGGGCCUGUUGUGAUCAGGAACAAUGACGGUCCGGUGGUUAUAGCUUGGAGAACUUUCCAGUUCAUCAGCCCCAUCAUCACCUACAUGCGUGGGGGAUCCCAGGUGGUGGUGAGGAUGCACCACGUGAGUAGGGUGAGAGGCCUGGAGACUCAACUGGUGUGGGCCAUCUCCAAGGAGACAGCCAGGCUUAGUCCAGAGGGCAUCCCCUACUGUGCCACCAAAGUGCAGUCCAUCACUUGGAUCCAGCGUGUGGCUGGCAGGGUGACCCACUAUGCGUCUCACCUCCGCCACGAGACGUCUGUGGACGUGACGCUUGGCUGCUACCAGCAGACUGAUGUCUCAGUGGUGUACACCACUCUCCACAUGGGGCUGGACGGGCUUCUCUCCUCUUCAGCGUGGUCGGAGGCUGCCUCCUUCUCUACGCCCACCACUCAGCACUUCACUGACCCAGAGCCUGAGGGCCACAACUGCUAUGAGGGCUGGGAGGAGGACCUGCUGCCUGAGGAGAGGGAGGUUCCUCUGCUAAACCUCUACCUUACCACCAAGAGAGUGGAGGACAUCGCCCUGAGGCUCAUCUCCCUGCGCCAGGCCUUCACUACCCUGCUUGGUUCCACCCUGAGCAGGAACCAUCUGUUUGUGGCGGGAAAGGUCCUCCUGGGCGCACUGGUUCAGGCCAACCACAUGGACGAGGCCAAGUUCAUAAGUACCUAUAACGACUUUGUGGACUACCUGAGUGACCCCUCCAAGCGGAAUGACAUUGAGAGGGAGCUGGCUGAGGCAAAGAUCCAUCAUAUGAACAUGAUAGAUGUCCUCUUUGAGCUGGUGCUGUUUGGGAUGAUGACAGCUCAGAAGUCCCUGAUGGUGCAUCCUGGUGGGUUCGUGGAGCGUCUGUACGCUCUCCUGUACUCCUUCCUGCCCACUGCUGCCAACAUGGAGCCAGAGGCUGACAGAUACCUGCUGCAGCUCAGUGAUUCUUGUGACACUUUGCCACCCAACAGGGAUCUAGACACCAAUGCACUAUAUUACUUUACACUGAUUUUUACAUUUUUAAAUAAAAUAAGUUGUAGUUCAAAAACAUUUUGCCUCAAUUCGUCGGGGCAUGGACUCUACAAGCUGCCCUAA